GGGCGGGGAGCAGAACCUAGGAAGGAGAGAAUCUGGCUGCUGGUGGCGAAGAUGGCCGACGGGGACAGUGGGAGUGAGCGCGGUGGCAGCAGUGGUGGCGUAGGGGGUGGAAGCGGCGGGUUUCAGCACUACCAGCGGGACCAGGAGACCCAGGAGCUGGCCUCAAAGCGACUGGACAUCCAGAACAAACGCUUCUACCUGGAUGUAAAGCAGAAUGCGAAGGGCAGAUUCAUCAAAAUCGCCGAGGUCGGCGCCGGGGGCUCGAAAAGUCGUCUGACCCUUUCCAUGUCAGUUGCCGCCGAGUUCCGUGACUACCUGGGGGAUUUUAUAGAGCACUACGCCCAACUUGGGCCUAGCAGCCCCGAGCAGAUCGCUCAGUCAUCCGGUGGGGAUGACAGUGGGCCUAGGCGGGCCUUGAAGAGUGAGUUCCUGGUUCGAGAAAACCGAAAAUACUACCUCGAUCUGAAAGAGAACCAGCGGGGGAGGUUCCUCCGCAUCAGGCAGACACUCAACCGAGGCCCCGGGUUCGGAGUAGGAAGUGGCGGAGUCCCUGGUGGAAUGCAGUCCGGACAAACCAUCGCCCUCCCGGCCCAAGGGUUAAUAGAGUUCCGUGACGCCCUAGCCAAACAUAUAGACGACUACGGAGGAGAUGACGAGGAACUCGCCGGUGGCGGAGGAGCAGGGGGCUACAGCGAGCUUCCGGAGGGCACCUCUAUCAUGGUGGACUCCAAACGGUUCUUCUUCGACGUCGGGUCCAACAAAUACGGAGUUUUCAUGAGGGUGAGCGAAGUCAAACCCAGCUAUAGAAACUCGAUCACUAUCCCGUUCAAAGCGUGGGGCAAGUUUGGAGGCGCAUUCUCCCGUUAUGCCGAAGAGAUGAAAGAGAUACAGGAGAGACCGAAGGAUAAAAUGUUUGAAAGGAGACCAGGAGGAGGAGUUGCAGGAGGAGAAGAGUCGGAGGGAGACGAGGUGGACGACGAUUGAUCAAGCCGGCUGUGCAAUCUGAUCAAGCUGUCUGACAACGUGACGCAAAGCUUGAAUAGAAGAAGACCUAUUUUGUGCAUGACGUAUGAAUCGAACCUAAAUGCAAAAAAAAAAAAAAAAAGCAGUGGAGUACAAAAAGUAUAUUUGACCUGGAAAUACUGUCUAUAUAAGAUACAUGCGUUAUAAAGGUUAGGUUCAUGUUUUUUUUUAUUAAGUUUUAUUUAAUCAGAGGAGCCCAAUUUGUGACCAGGGUCUCAUUUUCAAUGGUGCCCUGAGGACAUAAAAUAAUAGAUUUAAACUACAAGAUGGAAAGAAAAGAUACAAUAACAAAUACAUAACAUUAAAACAUCACAGUCAUCAUAAACAAAUUGUUAGUAAAUCAAUCAAAAACAAUUGCUCACCUCAGUGAACUCAUUUAUCAUCAGGGUUUUAAAUCGACCCUGGUGGUACCAGGUCAUUUGUGCUAGCUAUUACUAGUUGGAUCAUAUGAGAUUUUCUAUUGAUUAAAAAAAAUUAAAGAUUGUCCAUGUAAAAAGUAACCCCACUCAUGUUGCUAGCCCAGCAAAUCCACUUUCACAAUGUUUUACCGGUAGAAUAUCUAUUUUUAACUCUAAACAACUUACUUGGACCAGAACUAUGUGCUGUAUAUAGUAACAAAAAAAAAGUGAAAAUGUGGUGUUUCUGAACAAAGAGAUGUGAAACUCAGCUUAUCUAAUGCACUGCUGUGUGCUCUGUCUUUAAAGUGGCUUUUACAGUCAGAGAACAACUGUAUUGUUUUGGAAUCAUCUGAAUCACUGUUCUAAGUAGGACACAGAAUUGGGCAUAGACAGAACAGGGAGAGAAAAUAGCCUGGUCUCAGAUCUGUUUGUUCAGUCUUACCAACUCCUGGGACCAGGCUAAGCAAGACAACCACUAGACCAGCAUCAGACACACAGGCCCUAGUAACAGAAGAAGAAGAAGGAAACACACCCAUUGGUUGGUUGGGGAGUUAUCGUGACCACAAGUGGCUGCAUGCAGUGUGUCAUGAAUUGAAAAGCAGGGGAUUCCCUCACCCUGAUUUAGACUCUAAUGCCACUCAGCUCCCAUAGUAGAUGGUUGUUAUACUGGUUCUAUGAUCUUUUGGCCUGUGUGCCUGUAGGGAUGAACAUGAUCUAUCUAUGGACAUUUUACUAGGACAAUGACCUGUGUCUGCCCUGUAUUGUCAACCACAAGGAUGGGAGGGAGUCUUGAAUGUCAAAUCCAGCAACCUGUUAGAUCUUGGUGACUCCGAAUGAAGAUGGCUUAAGCUAAGAUGACUGGCACUGGUCAUUGUUUUUAGGGGUGGUUUCCCGGACACAGACUAAACUUAGUCCUGUACUGAAAACUAGGCUCAAUGCAAAAUUUCCAUUGAAAUAAAUUUUUAGUCCAAGGCUAGGCUUAAUUCCUGUCUUAAAUUAUUUUUCAAAAGAAAUAUAUAGAAAUAUGUCUAUUAGAUGAUGCCUAUAUGUAAAAUGUAUUGAGUAUUGCUGCCUAAACUAAACUGGUAUAAGCUAUUUAAAACACUAACACUUGGAUGCAAUCAUCUGGGGAGAUUUCUAACAUUUUAUUGUAUUCCCUGAAUGAAAAAUGAAGAGCAUAGAAAACGAUAUGGAUAUUUAAUGAUAACAUUAACAAACACAUACUUAAAAAAAAAAUUUGUACACAAUACACUUCGAUCCAGUCCCAUUAAAGUAGUCUGUCUCAAAUCUGUCCUCUCACAUCCAGUCCAUCGGACAGAAAGAAUAUCCAUCAAGCUCCUUUCCCCCCCCCCCCUUCUCUCAUCCAUCAGUUCUCAAUUUUCUCUCAAGUUGGUACUCUUUCAGUUGACAAUAAGAUGUGACUGAAUACCAUCCAGGCUUCUUAUUUCAGUGUUUGGUCCUCUAAGUAAAACAUAUUUUUUUAGCAUGCCUGCUCUUUUAUUUUGCAUUUUUCUGAUUGCUGUAUGUUGGUAUUUAUAAAACAUUGUUUGACAACGAUCAAAAGUUUAAUUCUGGUCAACAUACAUACAAAAAGUAAUGGCAUUUGUAACCUUAUUCAGGAAAUGACAUCAUCCUGAACAACAACAACCAUCACAUUUCCCUUUGUGUGUGUGUAAACCUUCUCCUAUUGGUGUUACUUUACCCUUCAGCAUAGCAGGAGAGAAUGUGUCAUACAAACAACAUCUGGGAGCAAUAGUUUUUUUUCUACUGAUAUAAAAAAUAUUAUAUAUACACGAGUUUUAACUACAACCUAAUUCCUGUAUUGUGUUACAUGAAAUGGCAGCUGUUUCCCUCGUGAGUUCUGCUGUAAUAUUCUACCAAGUUCCUUUCAACGGUAAAUAAAAAAUGUUCUUUGCUGAG